UCCUUUGCAGAUCUUUGAACCCCAACUGAGUCAUCGCCAGCUUGGUUCAAGAUGCCACCGGCCAUUGGAGGCCCUGUGGGAUACACUCCUCCAGAAGGAGGGUGGGGAUGGGCCGUUGUCAUCGGAGCCUUCAUCUCCAUUGGAUUUUCCUAUGCCUUCCCCAAAUCCAUCACUGUGUUCUUCAAAGAGAUUGAGGUCAUCUUCAAUGCAUCUAGCAGCAAAGUCUCAUGGAUCUCAUCCAUCAUGCUGGCUGUUAUGUAUGCAGGAGGUCCCAUCAGCAGCAUCCUGGUGAACAAAUACGGCAGCCGGCCCAUCAUGAUCGCUGGUGGCUGCCUCUCCGGGUGCGGGUUGAUUGCAGCCUCAUUUUGCAACACGGUGGAGGAGCUCUACUUCUGCGUUGGGGUUGUGGGGGGCCUUGGACUCGCGUUUAACUUGAACCCAGCCUUAACCAUGAUCGGCAAGUACUUCUUCAAGAAGCGUCCCCUGGCUAACGGACUGGCGAUGGCGGGCAGCCCCGUGUUCCUCUCCACUCUGGCACCUGUGAACCAGCUCUUCUUUGGCAUAUUUGGUUGGCGCGGCAGCUUCCUCAUCCUCGGUGGUCUCUUGCUGAACUGCUGUGUUGCCGGAUCCCUGAUGCGGCCCAUAGGCCCCAAGCCAGAUCAGCUGAAGAAAGAGGCCACUAAGGAGGUGCUGCAGGAAGCUGGGAAAGCGGUGAAAAAGGAUGAUGGUGACACCAGCACAGACCUCAUUGGUGGGAAGACCAAGAAACAGAAGAGCACAUUCUUCCAGACAAUCAACAAGUUCUUGGACCUGUCCCUGUUCACACACAGGGGCUUCCUGCUCUAUCUGUCGGGCAAUGUGAUCAUGUUCUUUGGGCUGUUCACUCCCUUGGUCUUCCUCAGCAAUUAUGCUAAGAGCAAGAAGAUUGCUAAUGAGUCUGCAGCCUUCCUACUCUCCAUCCUGGCCUUCGUAGACAUGGUGGCCAGACCUUCCAUGGGACUGGUGGCAAACACAAAGUGGAUCAGACCCAGAGUCCAGUAUUUUUUUGCCAUCUCUGUGAUUUACAAUGGGGUGUGCCACCUCUUGGCCCCCAUGUCCACCACCUAUGCUGGCUUCUGCAUUUAUGCUGGCUUCUUUGGCUUUGCCUUUGGCUGGCUGAGCUCAGUCCUAUUCGAGACCCUGAUGGACCUGGUGGGAGCACAGCGGUUCUCCAGUGCUGUCGGCCUGGUGACCAUCGUGGAGUGCUGCCCUGUGCUUCUGGGACCCCCUUUGCUAGGUAGGGUGUGCUGUGUCUGGGGUGCUCUGCCCAUCCUUGCUGAGUGGUGGCAGGUCCCCCUGAGCCGUGAGCAGCCCUCAGCACUGGGGCAAGG